AUGGAUCGCAGUAGCAUGUGUAUGCGGUUGAUGAUGGGUUGGGUGUUAAUGAUGGGCAUAAUUAGUGUAAUUAGCAUAGGAGAUGCGCAAACUGUUCCACCUUGCGCUCAUCAGCUAUCCCCAUGUUUGGACUAUAUGAACUCCACUAACCCACCCGACACUUGCUGCAAUCCACUCAAAUCUAUAGACGUAACCCAUAAAAUAUGUUUCUGCCAACUUGGGUUCACUCCUGGUGUACUUGAAGGUUUUGGUACCAACACCGCUCAGGCUCUCCGAGUUCUCCACUCAUGUGGUAUUAACUUCGAUGUCAGCAUCUGCAAAGCAUCUUCUUCAGCUCUGCCUCCGUCGUCGGUGCAACCCCAAGCAACACCAGGAGGUGACGAAGGAGGUGAAGAGAGAGUCAGGUUCACUGGGCUUUCCUUCAUGCUGUUCUUUUGGACUUUUUUGCUGUUUAAUUAUGAAAGCGGCGUUUAG